AUGUCGGACAAGCGGGAUAUCGAGAACAACGAAUCUACGACGCCCACAAGUUGGAAGAAGUACCUCUUCACGGACAUCGAUGCAGAGAAAGCCACGGCUCCCUUAUCUGCAUAUUGUUUUAUGACAGGUUUUAUUGAUUCUGUCUGUUUCUCUGCCAUCUUCGUGUGGUGUGCCUUUCAAACCGGAAACACUGUACAGCUCUCACUCGCCAUCGCACGCCUUUUCAAUGGCCAACACGACCAUUCUUUCCAUCUUGCGGAUCAACAAGCCCUCUGCUCACUCAUCACAUUCAUCUUGGGCGCAACCAUCGCUCGCUUAGGUGAUAAGAUGGGCUGCAAAACACGCGCCUGGCUCGCUCUCGGCACUUUCAUUCAGACACUCUUCACCAUGGCUGCCGCUAUCGCCAUCUGGAAGAGUGGGCAGGCGAGUGUUGCAGAUGCGCGCGCUGACCCUGCGUGGAGCAACACCCUGUCGUUUGUCUGUGUUGGAUUCAUGAGCGCGAGCAUGGGUCUGCAAGGAAUCAUGGGAAAGAGAACGAACACGCAGUUCACCACGACGGUUGUACUGACAACGACUUGGUGCGAGUUGAUGGCCGACCCUAAGCUCUUUGACAUACGUCGGCUUGUCAUCUCCCGAGAUCAUAAGAUCCUUGCUAUCGGCUCCUUGUUCUUGGGCGGGUUUUUGGGACGUGCGUUACUCGACGCAAUAGGAUCCGCUGGUACUCUUGGCGUUGGCACGGGCUUGAGAUUUAUUGUCAGCAUCUGGUGGCUCUUUGUUCCCGCCAAGACAGCGAAGCGCUAA